AUGGGUCUCUUGCUUCAGACACUCGUGGUUUCAGCUCUAGCCAUUACAAGCUAUGCAUCUCCUUGGGUAUACUCCCGGGCAGCACACACAUCCCGUACCAACUCAAACGGCUUGACAUUCAAUCACUUCAACAGUUCUCUUCCUAAUGUGACUAUCCUAGCCACCGGCGGCACCAUCGCCGGCACAAGCAACGACAAAACCGCAACAGCAGGCUACGAAUCCGACGCCCUAGGAAUCAACAGUCUCCUCUCCGAAAUACCAGAUAUCUUCAACGUCGCCAACAUCGCCGCCGUCCAGGCAAAAAACGUCAACAGCGGCGACAUCCCCUCAUCCCUCCCCCUAAACCUCACCCACAGGGUCCAGAUAGAGGUCUGCGAUGAUCCAACCAUGUCCGGGGCCGUGAUCACGCAUGGCACGGACACGCUCGAAGAGUCCGCCUUCUUCAUCGACGCCACAGGAAACUGCGGCAAGCCUAUCGUAUUCGUCAGCUCGAUGCGGCCCUCUACCGCUAUCUCAGCGGAUGGACCCAUGAAUCUCCUGCAGGGAGUAACCAUCCCCGCAGACAAGAAUUCCAAGGACCGCGGAGCAUUGGUUGUUACAAACGAUCGGAUUGUGUCGGCUUUCUUCGCAACCAAGACAAAUGCAAAUACCAUGGAUACCUUCAAGGCAUAUGAACAGGGAAGCAUGGGUUUCAUUGUGUCGAAUAAACCGUACUUUUAUUACACGGCUGUGCAGCCAAUUGCUAAGCACGUGGCUGAUGUGUCUGAUGUGGAUGCCGUGCCUCGUGUAGAUAUCCUGUAUGCCUAUGAGGAUAUGCAGGUCGAUUCGAUUUAUAGUGCCGUGAAGAAUGGCGCCAAGGGUGUCGUGGUUGCUGGCGAGGGUGCAGGUGGCGUUUCUACGGAUUUCGCUUCUGCGAUCAACGACAUCGUUGCGAAACAUAACAUCCCUUUGUGCUGUCGCACCGUACUGAUUUUGCUUGGGUUGUUGUUGGCCGAGAAGAAGGGUCUUGAGGAUAUCAGAGGGGUCUUCUUGAAAGCUACUGUUGCUUGA